AUCUCUCAUUUUCUUCUGCUUCACAUUCCCGCUAGUCAAAUGUUAAUAAGUGCACUCAACAUUCUCUUAGAGAAAUAUAAUGGACCUCAAGUAUGCAGCUUCUCACUGCAACUUAUCCUCAGACAUGAAGCUCCGGCGUCUUCACCAGCCUCGAGGAAAAGGAAGAGAAGAAGAGUAUGAUGCUUCUUCUCUCAGCUUGAACAAUCUGUCAAAACUUAUUCUUCCUCCACUUGGUGUUGCUAGCUAUAACCAGAAUCACAUCAGGUCUAGUGGAUGGAUCAUCUCACCUAUGGACUCAAGAUACAGGUGCUGGGAGUUUUAUAUGGUGCUUUUAGUGGCAUACUCUGCGUGGGUUUAUCCCUUUGAAGUUGCAUUUCUGAAUUCAUCACCAAAGAGGAAUCUUUGUAUCGCGGACAACAUUGUAGACUUGUUCUUUGCGGUUGACAUUGUCUUGACGUUUUUCGUUGCUUACAUAGACCAAAGAACACAGCUUCUUGUCCGUGAACCUAAACAGAUUGCAGUGAGGUACCUUUCAACAUGGUUCUUGAUGGAUGUUGCAUCAACUAUACCAUUUGUCGCAAUUGGAUACUUAAUCACUGGCACAUCCAAGUUGAAUCUCACUUGUAAUCUCUUGGGAUUGCUUAGAUUUUGGCGACUUCGACGCGUCAAGCACCUCUUCACAAGACUCGAGAAGGACAUAAGAUACAGCUAUUUCUGGAUUCGCUGCCUUCGACUUCUAUCCGUGACAUUGUUUCUAGUGCAUUGUGCUGGAUGCAGUUAUUACCUAAUUGCAGACAGAUAUCCACACGAAGGAAAGACAUGGACUGACGCGAUCCCGAAUUUCACUGAGACAAGUCUUUCCAUCAGAUACAUUGCAGCUAUAUAUUGGUCUAUCACAACAAUGACCACUGUGGGGUAUGGAGAUCUCCAUGCAAGCAACACUAUUGAGAUGGUAUUCAUAACAGUCUACAUGUUAUUCAAUCUUGGCCUCACUGCUUACCUUAUUGGUAACAUGACUAAUUUGGUCGUGGAAGGGACUCGCCGUACCAUGGAAUUUAGGAAUAGCAUUGAAGCAGCGUCAAACUUUGUUAACAGAAACAGAUUGCCUCCUAGAUUAAAAGACCAGAUAUUGGCUUACAUGUGUUUAAGGUUUAAAGCAGAGAGCUUAAACCAGCAACAUCUUAUUGACCAGCUCCCAAAAUCUAUCUACAAAAGCAUUUGUCAACAUCUUUUUCUUCCAUCUGUUGAAAAAGUUUACCUCUUCAAAGGCGUCUCAAGAGAAAUACUUCUUCUUAUGGUUUCAAAAAUGAAGGCUGAGUAUAUACCACCAAGAGAGGAUGUCAUUAUGCAGAACGAAGCGCCCGAUGAUGUUUACAUAAUCGUGUCAGGAGAAGUUGAGAUCAUUGAUUCAGAGAUGGAGAGAGAGUCAGUUUUAGGCACUCUACGUUGUGGAGACAUAUUUGGAGAAGUUGGAGCACUUUGUUGCAGACCUCAGAGUUACACUUUUCAAACUAAGUCUCUCUCACAGCUUCUCCGGCUCAAAACAUCUUUCCUUAUUGAGACAAUGCAGAUUAAACAACAAGACAAUGCCACAAUGCUCAAGAACUUCUUGCAGCAUCACAAAAAGCUGAGUGAUUUAGACAUUGGUGAUCUAAGGACACAACAAAAUGGCGAAAACAACGGUUUUGUUCCCCCAAACAUUGCCUCAAAUCUCAUCGCUGUUGUGUCCACAGGCAAUGCAGCUCUUCUUGAUGAGCUUCUUAAGGCUAAGUUAAGCCCUGACAUUACAGAUUCUAAAGGAAAAACUCCAUUGCAUAUAGCAGCUUCAAGAGGAUAUGAAGAUUGUGUUUUAGUACUCCUAAAGCACGGAUGCAACAUCCACAUAAGAGAUGUGAAUGGUAACACGGCUCUAUGGGAAGCAAUCUCAUCAAAGCAUUACGCGAUUUUCAGAAUCCUUUAUCAUUUCGCAGCCAUAUCUGACCCUCACAUAGCUGGAGAUCUUCUAUGUGAAGCAGUGAAACAGAACAAUGUAGAAGUAAUGAAGGCUCUUUUAAAACAGGGGCUUAACGUUGACACAGAGGACCACCAUGGCGUCACCGCGUUGCAGGUAGCUAUGGCGGAAGAUCAAAUGGACAUGGUGAAUCUCCUGGCGAUGAACGGUGCAGAUGUAGUUGGUGUGAAUACACAUGAUGAGUUCACAUCAUUGGAGAAGUUAAGAGUUGUGGAAGAAGAAGAAGAACGAGGAAGAGUGAGUAUAUACAGAGGUCAUCCAUUGGAGAGGAGAGAAAGAAGUUGCAAUGAAGCUGGGAAACUUAUUCUUCUUCCUCCUUCACUUGAUGACCUCAAGAAAAUUGCAGGAGAGAAGUUUGGGUUUGAUGGAAGUGAGACGAUGGUGACGAAUGAAGAUGGAGCUGAGAUUGACAGUAUUGAAGUGAUUAGAGAUAACGACAAACUCUACUUUGUCGAAAACAAAAUUAUUUAGAAAUUGAAACUUUGUAAUAACGAAAUAAAGUUUGAGAUAAGCA